ACCACUGUUUGUAUGAGCGGUUCCUAGAAAGCCCGAGUGCAAGAUUGCAGUGUUGCUUUUACGGCCUCCAGAAUUCAAAUGGAUAGGAUUGAAAACAACCUCUCACCGAGACAGAGAUGACCCCGACUCAACCCCAACUUACCGAGUCAACUCGUUCCCUCGCUUAAAGCCUUAAACCCUCCAAUGCAACUGAUCACCAACCUCCCUACCUCUUUCAUAAAAUCCCCAAUUCUAUCCCCCAAAGCCCUCAAGCCCUCCUUCUCGCUCUCCAACUCGCGCAAGUCAAACUCUGACCGAUUCGCCCUCUCCCAGACCCUCCAAUCCGAAACCCUCAAAAUCCUAGAAUGGCCCUCGGUAUGCAAGCAGCUAUCCUCCUUCACAUCGACCUCCAUGGGAUCCUCGGUCGUCCAAAAUGCCGAAAUCCCCAUCGGCCAAACCUGGGAGGAGAGCCAGAAGCUCCUGGAUCAGACGGCCGCAGCGGCGGCAAUGAUGGAUUCUUGGACGUUGGAUUUCUCUGGGAUUGAGGAUGUCUCUGGGAUUGUGGAUUCAGCGGUUUCGGGUCAGUUGCUCACGCUUUUGGAGCUCUGCGCGAUGCGGGGAACGUUGCGUGCGGCCAAGAGAUUGUUUGAGAAGUUGGAGCAGUUGGCUGCAAGCGGAGAUUGCUCCGAGAGGUACUUGCCCCUGCUUGAAAUACUGAAGGACUGCAAUUUCCAAGUGGAAUUAGAGCAUAAAAUACAGUUUUGCAUAGAUUGCAAUCUGUUAAUCAUCCUUGAUAGAGCUAGUGAAGAUUUGGAGAUCAUUAGGUCAGAAAGGAAGAGGAAUAUGGGAAAUUUGGAUUCUCUGUUGAAGGAAGUGUCAUCUCGGAUUUUUCAGGCUGGGGCAAUUGACAGACCUCUGAUAACCAAGCGUCGGUCGAGGAUGUGUGUUGGUAUUAGGGUUUCCCACCGAUCUUUACUUCCAGAUGGUGUAGUAUUAGAUGUUAGUAGUUCUGGGGCAACAUACUUUAUGGAACCCAAAGAGGCUGUGGAGUUGAACAAUAUGGAAGUGAGGCUUUCAAACUCUGAGAAAGCCGAGGAGAUAGCAAUUUUGAGCUUGCUCACAUCUGAAAUAGCAGAAUCGGAAAUAGAGAUCAAGUAUUUGUUGGAUAGAAUUUUAGACGUUGAUCUUGCUUUUGCAAGAGCUGCCUAUGCUCAGUGGAUGAACGGGGUCUGUCCGAUUGUCACUUCAGGGGAUUGUGAGGCCAUUUCUAGUGAAGCAGAUUAUACUUUGUCAGUAGAUAUUGAUGGUAUACAACAUCCUCUGCUCCUUGAGCUCUCUGUGAGAAAAUCUUCAGAUCCCCUUGAAUCUUAUUCUGGCAAUGCAGUUCAGUUGGGUAAUGGAAAUGGAAAAAUGACUUCUGGAAGUUUGUCAGGUGUAUCUACUUUCCCUGUGCCAAUAGACAUUAAAAUUGAAGGUGGAAAGAGGGUGGUUGUGAUAUCUGGACCAAAUACAGGAGGGAAAACUGCUUCAAUGAAAACCUUGGGCCUGGCAUCUCUUAUGUCAAAGGCAGGCAUGUUCUUACCUGCUAAGAACAGCCCAAGACUUCCAUGGUUCAAUCUAAUUCUAGCUGAUAUUGGAGAUCACCAGUCUCUGGAACAAAAUCUCUCAACUUUUAGUGGCCACAUAAUGCGGAUUUGUAACAUCUUAGAAGUGGCCUCAAAAGAAUCACUUGUCCUCAUUGACGAAAUUGGUAGUGGAACUGAUCCUUCAGAAGGUGUGGCCCUUUCCACUAGCAUCUUGCAGUAUCUCAAAGACCGUGUUAACUUGGCUGUUGUGACCACUCAUUAUGCCGAUUUGAGUAUCCUGAAAGAAAAAGAUAGUCAGUUCGAGAAUGCAGCCAUGGAAUUUUCACCAGAAACCUUAAAACCUACUUAUCAAAUCCUUUGGGGAAGUACUGGUGAUUCAAAUGCGUUAAGUAUUGCUGAAUCAAUUGGUUUUGAUCUAAAUAUAAUUCAGCGGGCUCAACAGUGGGUGGAGAGGUUAAAGCCAGAAAAUCAACAAGAGCGGAAAGGCGUGUUAUAUCAGUCACUGGUACAGGAAAGAAACAAAUUGGAAGCUCAAGCCAGAAGAGCAGCAUCUCUUCAUGCAGAAAUUAUGGAUUUAUAUCAUGAGAUAAAAAAUGAGGCAGAAGAUCUUGAUAAGCGCGAAACAGCUCUCAGGGCAAGAGAAACUCAGCGGGUCCAACGAAAUUUAAAGACUGCAAAAUCUCAGCUGGAAACUGUGUUGCAGGAAUUUGAAAAUCAACUCAGAACUACCAGUGCUGAUCAAUUUAAUUCCCUGAUUAGGAAAUCAGAAUCAGAAAUUGCAUCUGUUGUUGCAACUCACUGUCCUCGUGAUGUUUUCUCUGUUAGUGAAACGGACACCAAAUCAUAUACACCAAAAAUUGGAGAGCAAAUCUUUGUCAAGGGACUAGGUGGUAAGUUGGUUACUGUAGUUGAAGCACCUGAGGAUGAUGAAAAUAUCCUAGUACAACAUGGUAAAAUAAAGGUCCGUCUAAAGAAAAGCAACAUCAGAUCUAUUGCAAGUAGCAAAAAAAAUGCGACAACUCGUUCUGUCCCAAGUAAACAGCAGGGCCGCCGGAGCAAAGAGUUACAGUGUCAUCCAGAGGUCGAAAAGGAUGAGGUGGCUUCUUAUGGCCCAUUGGUGCAGACAUCAAAGAACUCAGUGGAUUUACGUGGUAUGCGAGUGGAAGAAGCUUCUUACCACCUUGACAUGGCCAUCUCUGUAAGCGGGCCGUAUUCAGUUCUCUUUGUAGUUCAUGGGAUGGGCACUGGUGCUGUUAAGGAGCGUGCACUCGAGAUAUUAAACAACCAUCCUCGCGUAGCCAAGUUUGCACAGGAAAGUCCACUGAAUUAUGGUUGUACAGUUGCAUAUAUCAAGUAAAAUCUCGAUUGUUUGGUCCAAUGAACUAUCAUACAAAAUCCAGUUUUUAUUUUUAUA